GCCGGGCAGGGCUCGGGGGUUGUCCCAGGGGCCGGGCGGGGCUCGCUGAGGCGGGGCCGCCCUGGGGCCGGACCGGCUCCCGGUUAUGAGCGCGGCUCUCGCUGCUCUCCCCGGUGCCAGGUAGGGCUCGGCUCCGGCGGGACGCGGGGCUCUGCGGGGCAGCGCCCCUUCACACACGCGGUACCUCCCCCGCUGGACGCUCCCCAGGGAGCUGGGGGGGGUUUAGCUGGGUUAAAGGAGGAGCCUUUAGCCACAUCGCUCUGUACAGGAGGUGUCAGACAGCACAGAGCACCUUCAUGCAGAGAUGAGACCACAGUGUGAUACCAAAAGCUGAAAUCAUGGAUUGAGACUUCUUUCUUCUUGUGUGUUAAAUAGUGUAAAAAUCAAGGAGGUCUGAAAGGCUCCUGCUCUGCAGCACCAUGCUGGAUCCCAAGCCUCACUCUGCAAGCCAGAGGUGAGUCCAGGUGAAAGCCAGCUACCACAGUAGUGUCAGGAUGACCAAGGCGCGGCUCCUCCGUCUGUCUGUGGUGCUGGUCUCCAUCUUCAUGAUCCUCCUGAUUAUUGUCUACUGGGACAACGUGGGCACAGCUCACUUCUACCUGCACACAUCCUUCUCCAGACCCCGCUCCCCAGGAGCCAUCGCAGCAGGUGAGGACUGGGAAGCCUUGCCAGAUGUAGAUGAGUUUUUGGCAAAGCUGCUGAGCUCGAGCCUGAAACAGAACAGCUCUAUCCCCCGAAAGACAGAGCAGCUCCUCAUCCAGGGCUCCAACAAGCCUGUGCUGAGUAACUUGGAGGAGAACGUGCGGGGCUAUGACUGGUCCACACACAAGGACAGAAACAGCUUGGACCAAGAGAAGCUGCAGGUGGAGAGGCAGAGAACAUUGCGGGAGUUUUGUGCCAAUUCCAGCUUCACCUUCCCCACCAAGGAGCGCUCCUUCGAUGACAUUCCCAACUACGAGCUCAACCACCUGAUUGUGGAUGACCGCCACGGCGUCAUCUACUGCUACGUGCCCAAGGUGGCCUGCACCAACUGGAAACGUGUGAUGAUCGUGCUGAGCGAGAGCCUGCUGGACCAGGGGGUCCCCUACCGGAACCCUCUGGACAUCCCCCGGGAGCACGUCCACAACACCAGCACCCACCUGACCUUCAACAAAUUCUGGCGCCGCUACGGGAAGUUCUCCCGGCACCUGAUGAAGAUCAAGCUGAAGAAAUACACCAAGUUCCUCUUUGUACGAGACCCCUUUGUGCGCCUCAUCUCCGCUUUUCGCAGCAAAUUCGAGCUGGAGAACGAGGACUUCUACCGGCGUUUCGCCAUCCCCAUGCUAAAGCUCUACUCCAACCACACCAACCUUCCCACCUCCGUUAGCGAGGCCUUCGGGGCGGGCCUCAAAGUCUCCUUUUCUGACUUCAUCCAGUACUUACUGGAUCCCAGGACAGAGAAGAUGGCCCCUUUCAAUGAGCACUGGAGGCAGGUUUACCGUCUGUGCCACCCGUGCCAGAUAGACUAUGAUUUCAUCGGGAAGCUGGAGACGCUGGAUGAGGAUGCUGCUUAUUUAUUGCAGCUCCUCAAAGUGGACAGGCUGCUUCGCUUCCCACCCAGCUACCGGAACAGGACUGCCAGCAGCUGGGAAGAUAACUGGUUUGCCAAAAUCCCACUGGCUUGGAGGCAGCAGCUCUACAAGCUUUAUGAAGCAGAUUUUGUACUCUUUGGCUACCCCAAGCCAGAAAACUUGCUUAAAGACUGAAAGUGAUUGGGCAGUGGGUGUGGGAGGGAACAUCUGAAAUACCAAAAAUGUUUAAAUCCUCCUCAUUUUUGCUCUUAACUCCCUUCCCAAUGCAAGUUGGUACAAUGGAAUAUAUUUUUUCUACUGCUUCCCCUUCCAUUUUUACAAUAAUGCCAGAGUCCAGGGUAUUACAGCCAGCUGUGCAUAUGCAAAAAAAUGCCUUUUCUGGGUUAUAAUUUGUUUUCUGUUUUUUAAAACGUCCCCAUACUUUGCAAUGGGUUGCUGCCCUUGGUCACUCUGCCAAUCAUGUCCUUCAGUAGCUUUUUAUUAAUACUUUUUAAAAAUUAAUAUAUUUAAGAUAUUUAAAACAAAGCGUGUGUCAUGGCAAAUGAAGGGAAGGAAUAAAAACAAAGUAAAAGAAAUCCCAAGAAAUUAUGAA